UCGAGCUUGCGCAGUGGAGUGGGCGGCCUCGGGACGAGGAGCACCUGAACUGAUCAGUGGCUUUGGGAGUUAGUAGCUGCUUGUGUCUAAACGCUCUGCCUCGGCAGGUCAACGUAAAUAUCAAACACUGCCAAGUAAUGGCGAAGCCAUUGCGUCAUCUCUUGACUCCCCAAAUUAGUACUGCACUUUAACAAAUCUUCGCAGCAUUUUCUUCAACAAGCGCCGCGUUCCUAAGUGUUUGUGACAAUUGAUUGGGCUCUGCAAGAAUGCAACAAGUUAAUUGCACCAGGUUCUGCCCCAUCUAUCUUUCCUGCGUUACAGCUUUCAGCGAUGUUUAAUUCAUUCAUUCGACAAACUGGAUUUCUGGCAUUGCCUCCCUUUUUUGCACUGUGAUCUAUUUCACCAAAGAAAUAAAGCUGCGCACUUCCUGCUUGCCAGUGUGGUUCACAAAAUACAGUACUCAUGAGGAGAUUGGCGUGGUGUAAGGUAGUCUUGGCCACAUCUUUGGUCUGGGUCCUGCUGGAUGUCUUCUUAUUGCUGUACUUCAGUGAAUGCAACAAAUGUGAUGAUAAAAAAGACCGCUCUUUAUUACCAGCCUUGAGAGCUGUCAUAUCCCGAGCACAAGAAGGCCCAGGUGAAAUGGGAAAAGCAGUCCUUAUUCCAAGGGAAGAUCAAGAGAAAAUGAGGGACUUGUUCAAAAUCAACCAGUUUAAUCUCAUGGCCAGUGACAUGAUUGCAUUCAAUAGAACUCUACCAGAUGUGAGAUUGGAAGGAUGCAAGACAAAAGUCUACCAAGAUGAUCUUCCAGACACGAGUGUUGUCAUUGUUUUUCAUAAUGAAGCCUGGAGCACGCUGCUUCGCACAAUUCACAGUGUUAUCAUUCGUUCACCCAAAAGGUUACUGACUGAGAUUAUCCUAGUGGAUGAUGACAGCGAAAGAGAUUUUCUGAAGAAACCUUUAGACAAUUACGUGAAGAAUUUACAAGUUCCAGUGAAGAUAAUUAGGAUGGAGAAGCGAUCUGGAUUGAUUCGUGCCAGGCUCCGUGGUGCAGCUGCUUCAAAGGGCCAGGUCAUUACUUUUCUAGAUGCGCACUGUGAAUGCACUGUCGGCUGGCUUGAGCCCUUACUGGCAAGAAUAAAAGAAAACAGAAAUGCUGUGGUUUGCCCAAUUAUAGAUGUAAUUAGCGAUGAUACGUUUGAAUACAUGGCCGGGUCGGAUAUGACAUACGGUGGCUUUAACUGGAAAUUGAACUUCCGCUGGUAUCCUGUCCCUCAGAGAGAGAUGGACCGCAGAAAAGGGGACAGAACCAUAUCUGUUAGGACACCUACCAUGGCUGGGGGCUUGUUUUCCAUUGAUAGGGAUUAUUUUGAAGAAAUUGGAACAUAUGAUGCAGGAAUGGAUAUUUGGGGUGGAGAGAACCUGGAAAUGUCCUUUCGGAUAUGGCAGUGUGGUGGUUCUUUGGAAAUUAUUACUUGUUCGCAUGUUGGUCAUGUGUUCCGCAAGGCAACUCCAUACACUUUCCCUGGUGGUACUGGACAUAUUAUUAACAAGAACAAUCGACGCCUAGCAGAAGUCUGGAUGGAUGACUUCAAAGACUUCUUCUACAUUAUAUCACCAGGUGUUGUAAAAGUGGAUUAUGGAGAUGUGUCAGCUAGAAAAGGCCUAAGAGAAAGACUGAAGUGUAAAUCUUUUUCAUGGUACUUGGAAAAUAUUUAUCCUGACUCUCAAAUCCCAAGGCGUUACUACUUACUUGGUGAGAUUAGAAAUGUUGCUACAAACCAGUGCCUUGAUAAUAUGGGGCGGAAAGAAAAUGAAAAAGUGGGCAUCUUCAAUUGCCAUGGCAUGGGAGGAAAUCAGGUGUUCUCCUAUACGGCAGAAAAAGAGAUCAGGACAGAUGAUCUAUGUCUGGAUGUGUCUAGACUAAAUGGUCCAGUUGUCAUGUUGAAGUGUCAUCAUAUGAGGGGGAACCAACUGUGGGAAUAUGAUGUACAGACAUUAGCGCUGCGGCACGUAAACAGUAAUCAGUGUCUGGAUGAGCCAUCGGAAGAAGAUAAAAUGGUUCCUACCAUGAAGGAUUGCAGUGGAAUCCGAUCACAACAGUGGGUGCUGCGCAACAUGACCCUGAGUGCCUGAGGUGGAAUAAGAAAAAUCACAAUCAAUUUCUUCAGUGCUCCUAUAGUGCUGAUUUUCAUUUUGUCAAUUUUAUAUUAGAAAUACAAAGAAAUCUCGGCAUUGGCAAUCCUGAGUGGACCGAACAAAUUUUGGAUGUUUUUGCCUGAUUGGUUAGAAUUACAUUCAUAUAUCAUAUUUGUACAUGUCCACUCUUAGAAUUAUUUUGGUAGAAAGCACAUUAGAAAGUAUAAACAGCACAAUGAGUGUUAUACUAGUACUAUAAAAUUUGAAAUGCAUCAAUUAAUAAAAGUAUUCUCACCAUCUUGAAAGUAACAGCACUGAAAAUUACAUUACCCAAUAAUAGCAGCACAGAACCUCUCAAAAUUGAUGUGUUCAUCUGCCUUAAAAGAAUAAUUCAAGACAAACAUAUUUUAAGAGAACAGAAAAAAAUCCAGUUCCUGUUGUAAAAGUAGGAUUGGCCCUCCACUGAAGUUAUUCUCAAUGAUGUAUACUGCCCUGUGGUUGUUUUUAAAUUGUACGUUACAACAAGCUGAAUGAGCCACUAUUGCAUUUCAGUUACAAAGCUAACAGCCACAGAAUCUUUUGUGGAUGCAGGGAAUAUAUUAUUGAUAUUUUCAGAAAUGAGAGUAAUUAUGCAUUAAAUUCAAGAGCACGGUCACGUACACAAUAAACAAAUUGUAAAGAAAAUAAUAAAUUUUCAUCAAAAUGUUAUUCGCAUAUCUGUCACUGAUGGCUGAGAAUAUCCAACUAUUACAUCAUGGAUUAUUGAAACAGAGUAUAGCAGAAUGUAUUCCUGAUGUUUUUAUAUUUUUGAGCAGGAUUCCUGUUUGUAGAUUGUAAAUCUUGAUAUUAAUGGAGCAACAUUUCUGAUUUUAAGACUUCAUUUUCAAAUGAAACACAAUUCUAAGACAACUGAAUAUAUUGUGCAAUAAAACUUGCCAAAAUAAAAAAAAAGGUAGUUUUAAGUCGUACUAUUGCCAUUGGCCAACUGUGGGAGAUAACUGAUUAAAAUCAUUCUUUGCAUAUUUUGUUUACAUGUCUAAGUCAGAGUUUUGAAUGUCUGCAAUGUAAUAUGUCUCAUAUAUUGUAUUUUGGAAUUGGUUGCGGCAGUUUUUCAAAGAAAAGUUUGGGUUCCUGUGGGAACCAUGAAUGAAGCCAUUUCAAUCUCUAGCUUAUAUAAUGUUGGUUGAUGCUGUAGCAGUUAAACCGAAACGUUUGUUCAUAUUUAUAUCCUCAUAUCAUAGGUACUCAGUUUAACAAUAGCCUGCAAAUGGUGUAAUUGUAUCCUUUGCUGUAAAUUGAGCUAUUUGUACAUUUUUGCAGAAAAUACAUUUUAAGAACAAUUCCAGAAUAAUUUUGUUUCAAUAACAAUUUUUUCAGAACUUGACUAUAAACAGCCUACAUGUAUUUGAAUUCUUACAAUAA